AUGAAGCAAAGCAACAGUUGCGGCAGCCACCAAAGGUCUAUUCUAGCAACAUGGAUGAGAUCUGGGACUUCUAAGGGUCUUUACGUGCUCAGAGAUCAACUUCCAAAGUGUCCGAGUGCCUGGGAGCCAAUCCUCUUGUCUCUGAUGGGCACCGGCAGCCAAACCAAUGGUAUCGGGGGAGGUACACCAACCACUUCCAAAGUGGCGGUGGUCUCCCGUUCAACGGUUCCAGGGUAUGAUGUCGAUUAUACAUUCGCCCAGGCGGACUUUGCUGGUGCAAGACUAGACAUGUCUGGGACUUGUGGGAAUAUAGCUGCCGGGGUUGGCCAAUUCGCUCUGGAUCAAAAUCUGGUGGAGGUUCCAAGUGAGGAAGAAUGGGCCGAUAUCAGAGUUCUUGUCACUAAUACUGGUCAAGCAUUGUUGGUGAGCAUUCCACUAGGAAACACGAAAUGUGAUAUCAGAAUCACAUUUUUGGACCCAAAUGGCAAUAUGACCGGAAAACUCUUUCCCAGUGGAGCCAGAAAAGACUAUCUUGCCUUUCAGUGCCCCAGCACCGGAACUAAGGUUGCCGUUCGAGCCACCUUAAUUGAUUGCACAAAUCCAUUCAUCUUGGUGGAUUCUGCUUCCAUGCCCACACUUUACGCCCUGGAAGGGCCAAAGGCUACACAGUCCGAAGCCCUUAUCGAAGCAAUCCGCCGUGCAGGUGCAGUUCGGAUGGGGCUUGCUAAGGAUGUAACAGAAGCUGGGAAACAACGGGGGACUCCGAAAAUUGCCGUGAUCGCCAACCCGAGCACUUCGAGCCAAUCAGUGGAUGUUGAUGUGACGGCAUUCACCGCGGGAGUCUUACAUCCUACUUUCCAGGUCACUGGAGCUAUUUGCCUGUCAGCCGCUCUAAGCAUACCUGGUACAGUAGCAUCGGACUUAUUACCAUCGUCGAUUCUCUGCCGGGAAACAUUUCAUAGCAAGCUUCAAUGGCCGCGCAUUUGGCGCAUCGCGCAUCGUGCAGGACAGGUUGAUGUUGAGGUCAGCGUGUCGCAAGACACAAAAGGAGAAUACUUCGUUGAAAGAGGAAGUAUAAUGCGAACAGCCCGGAAAUUGUUUGAGGGGCGGGCCUUCUACACAUUGUGA